UAGGGCGCCGAAUGGAUCGUGUUGCGAAUUCAGUCGUCGCGACGCUCAACGAGUGAUACUGUUCCGGCCGACAGUGACCUCAACAGUCGCACAUACGGUAUACACGCGUAUAAUACACGCGCGUUCGUCGUUUCGCGGGUAAGUGAACAACUGUUUAUAUUUUUUUACUAAGGAUUUUACCGACCAUUACCAAAUAAUAUUACUAUCGUUAAAAAUAAUAAUACGACGUUUACAAUAGCUGUUAACGCGUUCAGGAAAAAUAUAUGUAAAUAUUACUAUAAUUAUUAUAUGUAUUUCUAUGUAUUAUAAGGGAUUCGAUUUUAAAAGUGGAAAUAUCUACCAAUCAUCGUAGUAAUAUUAUUUGAAUGACAAUAUUCGACGAUUAUCGACUUGGGGGAUUAUUCGAUAUUUUAAUAUUUCGUUAAUAAUAUUAAAUAUUUUUUCAAUUGUGCAUAUUACGAAAACAUUAAAUUCAAAAGUAAAACAACAAUUCGAAAAUAAUACUGAAUUACAUUUAUGAAAUAUAAAUCCAAAAUAAUAUUGUUUUAUUGUGUGUGAAAAAACCUAACAAAAAAGAAAAUGGGUAGAUUUGUACAAGUUAAUAAUUUCAAAUAAAACCAGACAAAAAUCAGUUUUACUUAUUAUGUACUCGCUUUGUACCGACCGGGAUUUUUUUUGAACAUAAUAUUUCGUCAAUUUUUAAAUAACUCAAUCAAUAUAGUGUAUAUAGAAUUUUGAAUAUUUUUAUAAAAUUACAUCACUGAAUAAACUGCAUAAAAACACCAACAGGAAGACAUUUUUAGGAUUAACUUAUUCGAUCGAUAUUACAAUAUUUAAAAUUGAACAAUCACUUUACAACUAUAAUUAGAUACUACGUUUAUUAUUUUACCAAUAUCAUUAAGAAAUUUAUCAUACGCAGUAAAAUAACAAUCGCAUUUUUUGUUAUUCAACCGUUAUUGAACUGAUGUAUAUAUAUUAUUUUAUAUAAUAUACGUCUCUUUUUUUUCGAUUCUGCAUGUAGUGAAGAACCUGUUAAUAGUUGUAUUAAAAUGUGUUUACCCUCAUUUAUUAUUAUUAUUUUUUUUUUUUUUUUGAGAAGACUUGAUUAGUAAAAACGUAUCAAAUUAUUCGUAUUCAUAUCGUACUUUAAAAUUAUGCCACACUCGCAUCUACUGUCUUGAUCUAACUAACAGGUGACAUAGCAAAACUGUGUUACUAUUAUCUCUUAUAUUACGGCGUUUAGGUUGAAAUCAAAGAUAAAACACAAAUAAUACAAUUUAAGGAGGAAAAUAUUUUCUAAGGCUGAACUUAGCUUUUUCUUAAAAAAAUACAUAGCCAAACAAAAUAAAAACAAAAAAGUUUUUUUUUUUUUUUUUUUUAAUAGCUAUAACGGCCCUCAAAAAUAUUCUUCUCUUUUUAUUUUGUAUGUUCAUCUUAAAUUCUAAUUUCAAUAUAAACGAUAUAAUUUACGUUCUAAGAUACGUAAUUUUGUUACGUUGCCCGUUAGUUAAACCAAGACAGUAUAAAUUUAGCGUCCUCUUAAGUAAAUGCAAAUUUUUCAGUCGUAGUUUAUUUGAAAAAAAUUCCCAACAGAUUUCUAUCAUACAUCUUUAAAAUAAAUUUAGAACAAACGUCGAUACAUCGGUUUUAUUUUUAUUGAUUUUCGGAUUAUCUACUGCAGGACUAAACAAGGAGAAAACAAAGACGUAUACCACUUCGCUAAGAACUGUUUCUUUAAUUCCACUGAUUGAUCGUUGCUUUUAACGUUUAUCAUAUAUAUAUAUAUGGUAUAUAAAUACCUUUUAGUGGCUUUUUUUGUAUGAGUUUUAAUUAGUUUUAAAUUUAACACCCAGCUUACAUAACUACAUUUAAGUAUAUCAUAGAUAUGGGAGAUUACUUCUACAAUAGCUCACGUUCGUCUAAAUGAUAAAAUUCUUGAAAUAAUUAAGUACCCGAUUCAUGUGGAAACUUAAUAUGAAGGUAAACAUUUUUGCAGUUGACCGCGAUAAACGUGCCUAACUAUGUGUGAAGUACCCACACUAUUAAACGUCUAAAAACAAUAAUAUUUUUUACCUCGUAAUGAACAAUACUCAUACACCAAAAGUAAUAAUAAUAAUAAUAUAAAUUCAACAUAAUAUAAUUACGAACCCCGAAUUUGAUUGAUAACAACAGUAAUAUUAUGAUUAACCAUCAUAAUGAAUCUCAAUGUCAUCGCUAUAUCAUUAUAAUAUACUCACAAGGUUUAUUGUUUGGAAAAUGAAAACGUUAAUAAUUUUUUAUCAUUAUUAUUGUAUGGUUGGUCGGAAGAGUAGCUCAUCCGUUUAUUUUUUUUGCGAUAACGUCUUUACUACCUGUUAACCCGGACGACACAGUGGCAUAUGCCGUCUAUGUUUUGCUAACGGGCAAUACAGCGGAAAUGCGUGCACAUGCGAAAGAAACGAAAAGACCUUUAAAAUCGAUAUAAUUCAGUAUGUAGAUAACAACAAUAUUAGAAAAAGUUAAAUUUAUUUGCAAAAACAAAAAAAUUUAAAAUACGAUUUGUCUUGUACCAUCGAUAACGAUAUAGCUGAAUAUUUAUAAAGAAAUUGUAAAACACCGACGUUAUCUUCUUAUAGAAAUGUCGUUACCUACGCAUUUUUACUACAGAUGAUUUAUCUGUAUAAUUCCGAUUUUUAAAGCAAUCUCGCAUAGACGUAAAUAACCCAAAUAUUUGUUUAGGAGGGAGAGGCUUGCGCAUAAUCAGUAUUUAAUUAUUAAGGACUUAAUUUGGGACUGGGCAUUGACUGAGUUUUGGGGGAUCUCCCUUUAUGCGCCCUAUAUGAGUCAAUGCAUUUUCAUUUGUUUUACGCGAACUAUACGUGUUUGUUGUGUAUGCCCGUUAGAAAGACGGAAAUGAUAAAUGGUUGAAUGCACUAUAAUGGUCCCUUCAGGGGGUUUAAAACAGAACGGGGAAUGCCCUUGUCUUUAGACCAAUUUUUUGUCCGAUCUAUGUAGCGAAGCCUGAAAACCUAUUUGAAUUCAGCAUGAAGUGCAUAUACGAAAUCCACCAAACCAUUUUUUUUAAAAAAAGAACUAAAAUUAAAUGGAAAAAGAGGGCUGGCCGAUUUCGUAUACAUUUCACACUAUAUUCUGAUUUUUAGAAAUCCGUCGAUCGGAUUUGUUUAGACAUGCGAUUAACGUAUGUGUUUUGUUUUAUAGACAGAGAAACAUAAGGGAAUUCCCGGUCAGUUUCGAAUCCCCUCGAUAAUAUAACUGACGUGAUUAACGAAGAAAUAACGAUAUUACCUAUACUUAUCUAUAUAAUUUUUUUUUACGUCGGUGAUGAUGCACAUUAACGACGACGAACGGAACAAGGAAAGACGAGGUUCGCGCGAACAGUGCGGUAUUUAUGAUGUUUUUAGAAUUAUUAUUAUAUUAUACGCCGAUGAAACAUGCGCACGAAUCGAAAAAGAAAAAAAAUUCAAGUUUAGAUGAGAAUUGCAAAAAAAAAAAAUCUAAACAGAAACAACAAUAUUUUUCACGUGAAGAAACAUACUAUACUCUGCUAUAGAGCGGGGGGGCAUGGAAGAGGGGAGACAGAUAUGUAAUAUAUGCUGUGAUAGUAUUAUAGACAAAAGUAAAUAGGUACUCAUCGUGGUAGAAAACGUGACCGCCUCGUCGUACAAGGCUGUCGCCGCCGCCGUCGCCGCCGAUGACCAGUAGCAGUCCGUAAUUAACGAUACACACGUGUAAUAUUGUAUUGUUUUUCUUCACGUUCACGGAUCGUCCAUUUUUAUCGAUUCGAAAUUUUUACCUGAUAUUGGAAACCCCACCCACCACCGUGAAUCAUAGACGAUAAUAAAUUGAUUUUAAAAUUCGCAACGUAAAACCAUAAAAUACCGUUAUACGGCGUCAGGUUUUCAAAAUGUCAAGGGGGGAGGAUAAACUAAACAAAUGGCGUACCCAGAGAAGAGAUGUUUAAGUAAGCUUCUGGCCUCCCUACCACAUUGGCUGUGUUAAAUACAAAACAAAAUAAUUUAAUCUCAAUAUAAUACUUUGCGACAUUGUAAACAAAUUAUUACUAAUAAAAAAUAAUAACCAUUGUAUAAUUGCACUACUUAUUCGACAAAUUACAAAUAAUAUCGUACUACACAUAAUUAUGUAUAUGGCAAAACAUUUUUUUAGUCUAGCUCUUUGUUUUACUAAAUAUAAAUAUAGUAUUAUACAAUAAUAUAUACAUAUUUAUAAAAUAAAUUGUAUGAAGUGUAUUAAAUAUGUGGAAAGAGAUGGGUUUUAUUUUAUACUACGUACUCGAAUCACCAGAUAGAAUAUCUCAAUCUCAAUGUGUCUCUGAUAAAUGAAUGACAUAUUUGAUCCCGGAAAAGAAGAUCUAAAGUAAUUAUUUGGAUUUUUUUUAUAAUUUUGACUAAUUAAAUUUUUAAUCUAAAUUGCAUAAGCAUACAUAUUUUCAAAAUUAUUGUAUACACUAGGAUUAGUGUAUUGGUUUAUGAUGUAGAAAAUUAUGUAUUUAAAUCAGUAUUCCUAAACCUGGGAGUCUUCACUUCUUUGGGGUCACCAACUAAUUAUUUAAGAUCGCCAAAAAUAUAAAGUAUUGGGUCAUUUUGUAUAAAAUAUACAUUUGGAGUUUGCUAAAAUAUGUAAUAUUAAUUUAGGGGAUCGUGACAGUAAAAAUAUUAAGAAACACUAUUUUAAAGUAUGUACCUAAAUUAUGUAUUUUUAAAAUUUCAUUCCCUUGUAUCCUGUGAGAAAUUUAUUUCAAGAUAAUCUUCACUGAGAUUAAAUAAGAUACGUACAUAUAUGGUUUCUUCUCGAUUUUAUUUAUGAUUUAGGGCUUGAUAGUUAUUCAAUAUGAAAACAAUUACAUUUUAGUACGCAUUUGCUUUUGAUUUAGAAAAAAUAGACGAAAAUAUUUUGUUAUAGUCAUUAAUAAUAUUAGAAAAUAUUCAUAGACAGAAAUAGGGAAAAGCUUAGACUUGAACUUAGCCCAGUCCCCCCCUCAAAAAAAAACUCAUCCAAUCACCCCCUCCCUUCCCAAAUCAAGUCUUUAUAAAAUAUACCACAAGCAUACAUAUUCAAUAUUAAUCAGUAUUAUGGGGUGUCAAGCAUGUACAUGCAUGUUCAAAUAUUGCUCGUCGUUUUGUAGAAACACAAUUUGACGUUAUGAAUGCAGUGCAUAAAAAUAUAUUAUUGGGUACGUGUUGUGGGUGACACAUGUAGUUCCAUAACUGCUACACAAAAACGGUAAUAUACGGGUAAAUCGUUCGCCUGGCCCGAGGACGAUUCUCGCACUUAAUAUUCUACCGAUACACUCGACGAUUAUCAUACACACGUAGAACAAUUAAUAAUUCUCGUGUCGAUCUGUACUGUGUACGAUUUAAUAGAAAACGCUAAAUCGGGACAAUAAUUUAUAUAUCGGUGUAUGUUUUCCGUGUCGAAUUUUUUUGUUAAAAUAAUAUUAAAAAAAUUAUAAAAAAAACUAGUAUAUUACACUAAACUACGAUGAAGUGACUUUGACAACAACGGUGACGAUGAAGUUUGUUAAAUAAAGGUAGUGAAAAGCUAAUUGUUUUCUUGUUAACUUUUUUAGAUUCUGAGUACAACGAGGAAUGUAUUAGUUUUACAACGAUGUUAAUUUUUUUUCUUUUCUAUGAACAAAUUUUCUACUAUAAAUUUUUCUCUGAUUUUCAAGUGAAACAUUCUUUCAGAAAGGAAAUCUGAUUGGGGUAAUACUUUAAGGUGAUAAUAUAUUGGUUUCCCCAAUAAAUGGAACAAAUCGGAAAAGAACGGAAGAAAAGCGGGAAAAUAUGUACAAUAUUAAAUAAAUAUUAUUAGAGAAAAAGUUUAAUGCAUAUGUAAUUAUUUUAGCAUAAUAUGACGUAUAAAUUGUUGACAACAAAACAUCACUAUCAACUGAACUCAGCUGAGAAUCGUUUUUUCAUUAGCAAUAGUUAAUCGUUACGUAUAGAUAUACAUUAAAUUUACCCUCUACUACCUUCCAAACUUUUGACCUAUAACAGUGGCCUACCCACUUGCGAAGUAUGUCCGUAUUUUUUUAAUUUCGUCCGUACAACUUAGAAACUCAUAAAUCAACAAAAAUAAUUAUAUUUUGGUACUAAAAAUAACAAUAACUCUAUGUCUGCCUCCCUCUUUAAUUCUUGAAUACGGGGGAAGUAGCCUGUAUGUUAUUCCUGGUCUAGAACUACAUCUAUGUAAAUUUCAAUCCGUUCUGUAGUUUAAGCGAGAUGUGUAAACAAACAACAUGAUAUACCCAUUCAUCUAAAUAAAUUUUAGUAUUUAAAAUAAUAUUAGGUAGGAAGUAAGAUAUUAUAAACUCUGGUAUUUAUAUAUAAUUAUAGUUUUUAACUGUUGAUGUUUUCAUAAACAUCAAUUUUAAGACGAAUAUGGUAAUAUUAAAUUAACAAAAAAAAUUUCACAAAUUUAAUUGAUAUAAACUACACAAUAGAAAAAUAUCCAAUUUAGUUUAUUUUUACAAUAAUAUUAUCAAAUAUUGGAUAUUUUAACUUUUAUUUUAAAUUCUGAGUGGAGCGAAGAAGCUUAUAGUUUUACAAAGAUAUUUAUUAUUAUUUUUUUUUUAUCUGUUAACAACUUUUAUUCCGAAGACUUAAUUGGAUUUUUAAAUAUAGAACCUAUUCUGAAAGGAAAUCAGUGUGGGAAGGUACUUUAGGGAGGUAAUUUUUCGAUUUUCUCAGGAGUUUUCCCAGCAAAUGUGAAAAACUGAGAAAAAAACAAUAUUAAACAAAUAUUAUUAAAGAAAAUAUAUAAAGCCUAUUUAAUUAUUUCACUAUAAAAUGACAUAUAAAUUGUUGAAAAAGCAUCACUAUUAACUGAACUCCGCAUUGAACUCUAAGACAUAUUUUAGGGCAUUUAUAAACAAUUUUUAAAGCGUUUUUCGAUAGUAACAUAUUAUGUUACUUUGUUAAGUUUUUUUUUUUAUUUUCAGUCCAAACUUGAUACUGCUCCGACAAAGUUAUUUACUGUUCUAAGUGUAAAUCAACAUUACCUACUUAAUCAAUGAAAAAUCACAACGGGUUUAGAUAAAGUGAGAGGGAAAAACUCAAACAAUUCGGUCUACGAUCGACGGAUUCAAACCCAAUAUAGUUGAUUGACAUCGUCGGAACGUAUAUGUUGAGUUUUACAAUAAGGUUCAUCAGUGGCUUUUAUAGGGGAGGGGAGUUUAGUGGUAAUGUCCUCCGCCCAUUGGCUUAAAAAAACGACUAUGAGUAUUUAUUGAAUAAUUCAAUCAGAAAAUUAAUAUUUUUUAACCAAAUUACAAUAAAAACCUAUUGGGUUUUUUGGACCCGACUUUGGAACUUCCACUGUCAGAGGUUAGGCAUAGGCAUACAAGAAAUAUGUCUGCGAUUUAUUCGUGAGUAUUAUUAUUAUUUUGCGCAGGCACGCCAUUUAGGUACUUAAAACAAAUAACGCCAUAACAUCCGGCCAAUCAGAUAUUCCAUUUUUGUAUGAACGAUAAUAUCGCGGUGCGAGUAGGUUAGGUUGUCGUUGUUUUACUGUAAAACGGCUAAAUGCACGUGGCCCAUUUUCGCCUGGAUAUUUGCGGCUCGUGACUUGACACUGUCCUGUGGUACACGUUCUACUAGUACACACCUGCCGGCUAAAAACAUAACAUUGUAAUAAUAAUAUAGUACACGCGACCACGCGUAAUUAUUAUGCCGUUAACCGAUUCGCAAACUCCUAGGACCGGUGCAGAUACGACGGAGAUACGCGAUGAUGAGGUGAGCGAUGUAUAUUCGCAGUCGUUCUCGCUCGGUCGACCAGUCAUAUAAUAUUAUCGCGAUUAUUAUUGCGAGUAGGUACCUAUACAAAAUCACGCACUUACCGUGAUAAUAUUAUAAACCGAGUCGCGAUGAAAACAAACGGGUUUGUCGACCAGUCGUUAAAAUUUGCAUAAUACGUGUAUGUACCGUAUAGAUAUCGUAUAAUAACAUUAUAUACGAUAUACGCGAAGAAAACUUCUCGAAAAACGCGAAUAACCGCGAAAAACGGGUACAGCGGUGUAUUUAAGAUUUCGCUAAAUACAUUGAAUUUGGAACAGGGGUGAUCAAACGGGAGGGAGGGAUUGAAGGGAUAUAUCCCCUGUGACCUUUUCCGGACGAUGCAUAGUGUUUUAAAUGAUAAAACAAAUUUCAAAAUAUCAAAAACUUAUAUAAGACUGUUUUUUUCAUAUUUCCCCACUUAUAGAGAAUCCGUAAUCAGAAUUUCGAUUUUUGAAUUUUUCUACCGAUUUUUCCGGCGUUUCGAAGCUUUCUAGACUUUCUGAUCUGGUUAGGUGCACUGAAGAAAUUGACAAAACAAUAAUACCGGAAAAAUUUAAUACUUUCUGAGAUAUUACGAUGGUUAUCACUUCGUGAGAAACUGCAUUAAUCACUUAUUAUUUUCGAUCAAAUUUAGUUUGAUUUAUUCAGAACAUAAAAACCAUUAUGGCGGUUAUAUUUUACAAUAUUCUAAUAACCGGAAAAGCUAUUAGUUUCACGAUAUACGACCUGUCCACUUUUGUUUUUCUUUUUUUAUAAUCACAAAAAUAACACGCAUUGCUAUAAGUAUGCACGUUAUUCCGUUUAUUCUAUAUAACAUUAUAAUUAAUGAAAACUGAAUUAAAGAGCAAACAUAAUAUAUAGGAACAUAAAUAAUGUAAUCUUAUGAAAUUGAAAAUGAAUAAUAUAAUUAUUGAGUUUAUUUAUUAAACACUUAUAUAUUAAUUAUAUUAUUAUUGCCUGUAAUUACACCGAAGAUACCUAUAAAUAGGUGUGCAUUUUUGUAAUAAAUGUACGGAUAAAUAUUCAAAUAAAAAAUAAAAUGUUGGGAAUAAAAUCUUUGAUUGCAGUUGCGCAUAAUUAUUGUAGUAAAUAUUGGAAACGAAAUUUUUGUAUACACUUUAUAUACUCCUCAGGCGUUUUAUAAUAUAUUUAUUUUUGAAUGCGCAAUAUCAAACAUUCAUACGUUUCACUAUAGGUGUACGUAUGCAUAUGCAAUAAUAUUCUUAUAUUACUUACAUCAUAAUAUUUUAUAGAUGUCAACAAGGAAACACAAAUAAAAAUACUUACCUACACCUAUGUAGAAUAGACACAGACCUAGACCUAGACUCAUGGAAUAUACGAUUAUAAAAUUCUUAAAUUCACGCUAUGCCCAUACAAUUUAUAGGUUUUUGUUAUUUAAAAGCCCAUGGAAAAAAGUGGAAGGUGCAAAGUAGGUACAAAGAAAGAGCACAGAGGAAAAUAAGUAGUUUAACGAUAAUUUUUCAGCAGAGCAAAACUAAAAGAUCGAAUGCAAAAACCAAAUAAAUCCCAAUUUUGAAAUUAUUUAGGAGCCACAAAAUCUGAAUAAUUUAUUUUUUUAUGGAUGCAUGAAUUGUAAAAAUAGAUUUAAAUUCUCUAUAGGAAUAGCUUCUACUAUACAUGUGUAUAUACUAUAAUAUAUAUAUACAGGAUGAUUCUCUAAGCUUGUUCAUCCCAUUUCUUUGGUUAAAUUUUGCAUAUUUUAAAAUUCUAAUUUUUGAAAUUUUUAAGUGUAGUUAAAGCCAACAUUUUCGAAUACUUAAAUUUUUCACAACAUGUAAGAAAUAUCCUGAGGCGAUACCGACUUCAGUUUAUCAAAUGAGAACCUAUAAUAAAAAGUACAUAAAUAAAUGGAAUAUUAAUUUAAAUACAUUUUGAUGUUAAAACGUUUGAUUUUCGUCAAUCUGUCAACGAGAUAUUCCACUUUUAAGAUAGGGGGAAAGUAGUGGAGCACUAAUAAAACGCUGCGCGCCGUGCCGCCACACAAAUGAUACUCCACUACUCACACCCUACUUAAACUUAAAAGUGGAAUAUUUCGUUAACGGGUUGACAGAAAUCAACAAUUUUGACACCAAAAUUUGCUUAAAUUAAAACUCCAUCUAUUUAUAGAAUUUUUGAAUAUAGGUUCUCAUUCAAAAAACCAAAGUUGAUAUCACCAUAGGUUACUCCUUAAAUGUAAAAAUCUAAGUAAAGAAAAAUAUCGGCUUUAUCUAUACUUAAAAAUUCUAAAAAUCAGAAUUUGAAUAAAUGCAAAAUUUCAAAAUUUCCCCAAAAAAAUGAGGUGAACACGCUUAGUGAAUAUUUAUAUAUAUAUAUGCAGUGGAACCUCGAUAACUCGAAUCGGUUGGGGGCGAAAAAAAAUUCGAGUUAUCGAAAAUUCGACUUAUGGAAAACAUAUACAUAUCUCACACAUAUCAUAUAUUGGAAGCCAGGGGCCAAGGUAUUCCUUCGAGUUAUCGAAAAUUCGACUUAUAGAGGUUUCAGUUAUCGAGGUUCCACUGUAUUUAUAUUUUACAUAACACAUUUCCUUUUUGUAAGUGAUAUUUAGAGUUAAAGACAGGGUGCUAAGCCUUUUUGACCGUAGAAUAAAAAUUGAAUUAUAACCAAAAAUCUAAACCUAAUAAUUAACUCUCUCUCUCUCUCUCUCUGUAUGUCUACGUUACACUAUGACGGCAAAUCGGGCGAGUUGUAGCCAGCAGUCGGACUAUACGAUGCUAAAAUGAUAUCACUGAGCCAUAUCGAACUUUACAGAUUACAGUCGUUUGAUUGUUGUUAUUCGCAUCAAAGAAACAAACGUUCUUAAGAAUGUACAUAUACAUAUCUAUACCGAUUUCCAUUGUAGGUAUACGUAAAACAAUGCCUAAUUAAAUCGGCUUAGUUUUAUUUGUAUUCAUCGACUAGAUUUUAAUCGUAUGCAGGUAUACGUAAACACACACAUUAUAUUUAUUAUUUACUAUUAUUUCGAAUACAAUAACGAAUUAAUUUUAACACAUUAAUAUAUUACAGUUUACUAUUAAAUUAGCAAUUCCGAAGGUCUUGAUGAGGUUAACGUCCAAAAAAAAUAAUAAUACGCAUUUAUAUAGAUACAUAUGGUACAGACAAUAAUUGAAAAGCAGUUAACCAUCACGCUAUACUGACCCUAAACUAUAUUAACGUUAUGCUUUGAUGAUAUGAUUUUAUCGUUUAAUUUGUAAGUUUUAACUAUACUUACCUACUCGAUGGCUUCUAUAAAACUAUUUGGUUUUUGGACAGCACUUAUCCGUGUAUACGUCAUUUUUCUUUAUUCGGUCAACAAUUUAAAAUUAAAGAAGACGUUAUAAAUAAACCGAAAUUCAUCUAUGAAUACAUUUUUUUCCGUUUUAGCCGACAGCAUUGAGGGAUCUGUUUUCUCAAUGGUUUCUCACUGCUGCCGAAUAACUAUAUAAUAUAAUAAUAUACUUAUCUAUACAAAUAUAUUUGUAGUGACGGAUUUAUGGAAGGGAGGCGAUCUAUACCCCCUGGACCCCCCAUAAUCCGAUAUAAUUUCAAUAAAAUAUAAACAUAAAAUGCCUCAAAAUAGCUAAAAAAAAAAACUGAAAAUUUUACCGAGUCUAAAAAGAAAGUAAAAGUUUUAAAGUCUAAACGGAUAUUUUUAACUGAAUUAUAAAACACAAAAUUUAAAAUAAUUAAACCAUUAUUUCUGUAAACUUUCCCGCUAUUUCCACGUUUUUCUGGUUUUACUCAAUUAUUAAGAAAACUGAUUGGCAAACCAAAAAAUGACUUGUGUAAUCACCAACUACAUUAAAAAUGCAACAAAAUUGGUCUUUUGUCAUUUUUUGAUCGAAGCAAGAAUUUGGUAGAAACAUAAUGCGUAAAAGUUAAAAAUAAUGAAAUCGGUAACGCCGCUAUGCUCCGUAAAUAGUUCGUUUUUCCUAUAAUUUAGUUUCAGGGUUUUCCCAAUUAUUUUUAAAACUCCUAGGAAAAUCAAAAAAUAACCUAUUAAAUACAUUAACUAGGCCCAAAAUAUAAUUAAAAAAGCUAACGUGUCAUUCUUCGAUUAGAGCAAGUCUUCUAUUCUAAUUCUAUAAGUUAUUUAUAGACGGAAAAAACAUACACAUCUGUUACGUGUCCACACGCUACUAUAAGUAUAUGCGCGUGAACCCGUAGUAAUUAUUAUUCAAAAGGGGUCCCCACAACCAAAACCGGAAUCUAAGACUUAUAUACCAAGGAGCGGAUAGGCAUAAAACAACGGUCGUAAUGCCAACAAAAUCCAAUAAUACGGAAAAGUAUUAUAAAAAAAUCAAUAGGUACAGCCGCGACGCGACGGCGACAGUGACGGCGCCAGCGUCGGCGACAGCAUAUAAGAUAAUACAAAAAUGUGUAAUAAAUUAAACAACCAAAAUAGGGGGAAACCGAGACGAUAGAAAAAUGUACCCUUUUAAAUUUACCAACUUGUACGUAACAAUGCGCGAGGAGAUACGAUCGUAAAAUAAACUUGUAAUAUUUAUAAUAAAUAAACACGAGCAAUACUUAGAUUCUAGAAAGUAUAAAAAAUUUCCAGUAACUCAAUAAUGUAGAUAGCCGAACUAUGAACGACGGGUUGCUGGAGUCUCUCAGAGCAUAUGUAACGCCGCCCGAAACAUCGUCGAAUGAGACGAGUCCACCGCGAUCAAAUGCGAGCAACUUCGCAUCACUCUGUUUUAUGAAAUAUUUUUGGACUUUUAAUAUUUUUGUGUGUGAAAUUGAAUUGGACUUGGAAUAUUUUUCGAUGUUUGUGAAUUGAAUUAUUUGGACUAGUAUUAUUUUUGUGAAUUUAUUUAUCGGACUUGUAGUUUUUGAAUGGAAAAUAUUAACUGUUUAUAAACUCAAAUUGGAGUUUGAUUUAUUUCAAACAUUUUUCUUCCAAGUCCUAUUAGUACAUGGGCCUGUUACACAUCACUUUAAAACCAACAGAUCCCUCACUAUGUUCCUCUUCUAAUAUACUAAUCGCUAGAAAAUUGACGACAGUUAAAUAAUUUUGUGUUACGUCAACAUAUAUUAUACUUGUAAAUCUAUUUUGGCGUAGACCUACGUAAUGGUCGUCCGGUUUCCAGAUUUGUUUUUAUUUCGAAUCGGUAACUCGUUAUAACAGCGGAGCCUUAAAAAAAAAAAUUGAAUCAUAGUUUUUGUUCCUUCUGCAAAAUUCGUUGAUUACACACCGGCCUCGUUAAUGGCUCGCCUGUUUUAUAGAAGAACAGCGAUUUGAUAUCCACAUGACAUCCACGUGAUAUCCACGCGACAUUUGUCGACAUUAUACGUUGCGGUAAUAAUAUAAGUAUUGAUAUUGAAUUGCGUAUUUAUGGUUUGACGAAAAAUGUACAGGUAUCGCCAUAUACUUGGGCACUUGAAUAUUUCUAUUUCUUUUUGCACACUCGAUAAAAAAAACGCUCACCAAGUGUCACGUGCGUGCGUAACCGACCGGCGAGCGGAUUAGCGUUCUCGACAACACCGGCCGACAUAACGCGGCGGCGGCGAGAAACUUCCCAAGCGCGCCGCGGGUUCGGGUUCUACAACCUCGUUAUAUUUUCAUCGUUGGUAGUCCGGUCCGGUCUGGCGGCUAAUGCGUCGGCCACGCGGACCAGGGGCGAAUUUCCCCAAAGUGUCAUUAACCGCGCUCGCCGUUUGAUAAUGAUAUUAUUCUGUUUUGCAUCGCCGUUAUCGUUGAUAGUGACGUGAGUAUUGGUACAUCAUUGUGCGCCCGGUAAUUACGUACAAUUACGCGCUCGCGUGGUCUCAAUGUCAAUGUCGCGUCGCGGUGGCAGAGUAGUCGUGUCUUCACGGCGGCGGGGGCGUUAUGCCGAAUUAGUCGCACAAUAAAAAUACCUACAAAUAAUACAACCAUUAUUAUUAUUAUUAUUAUUAUUAUUAUUAUUAUUAUUACCACAUUAAUACGUCGCCGAUAUUAUAAUAAGUAAUACGCUUCUAAUAACAUAAUAAUAUACGAAUAACGCGGAGUCCGUUCGCCUAUGUGCACGCACGAACAUCGCGUUCGCGUUGGAACCGCCAGGGCGUCGUUUCCAUAGAUAAUAAAAAUACGGACGGACCAGCCCUGUACCUUACACACAUACCCUAUAUACACAGCGUUCUGUGACGGAAUGGAAACUCUUGGAUAUCACAGUUAUACCUAGACAUACGAGUAUAAUAAUAGAAUAAACCGCGAAUUAUACAAAAUAUGUGAUAUGACUUUAUAAAUCUUCGUUUUUAUCAAUGAGAUUAUUAUAAAUACCUAUAUAAUCACACAAAUAUGCUGAUAGCCAAUAGAUAGGAUUAUGUAAAAUCAUCGAGAUAAACAAUACAAUCGAGAUUAGGUUACAUCUUGAAUUCAAUACAAUAUUGUUUAUCUAUAUCGAUGUAUAAAAUAAAAAUUAUCUAUGAAAAUCUAAUAAUAAUUUUGUUUGAAUAUGCUCUUAACAAAAUUUAAUAUAGAUACAUUUAAAAUUGUCAAUUUUUUUCUUUUAAGUCAAAUAUUCAGUCAAAUAAUAAAUAAAAUACAAAACCGAAAUAUUAUAUAUGAUUACGAUUUACAAAUACUCUGGCCAUAGUUAAUUUUUCUAUGAAAUAACUAAUUGUAGCAAAUGAUUUAACGUUAAUUUUUACUCCCACUGUUAUCUUUCUGACAUGACUGUUUAUUUAGCCAUGGUAACAAUUAACCGUGAUAACAAUAAUUGUCCAUGUCACUCUCACCUUUCAGAUGACCGGCUCCCAGUAACUUAUUAGAAAGUUUAUAUGAUUUUUUUCACCCAUCGUGUUAAAUUUAAAUUAAAACAUCGCAAAUCAGUUUACUUAUAAAUCGGAUUUUCAUUAAAAGUGUGAUCUUGAGAAUAAUUAUUAUUAUCUUUACCAAAAAUCGUCUUUCGACAAAUCAUAAUUGAAUACAAUUUCGCGCAGAAAUAAAAAUAAUAUUCAUUAGAAUUAUAAUAAUAAUUGUACUUCCUCUUUUCGUCAAAUAUACAGUAAUAUUAUAAUAUACGCACUAGACCUUGACGGUCCAAUCCUUGAACCUGGAUCGUUUCACACAUCGUCCGUGUGGUUUACCUAGCUAUACAGCAUUCGCUAAAAGUACAAUGUCAUCACGUCAUCUACAAACCGUUUGAGUUUCGUACCUAUGUGAAUCCAAAUCGUGUCCAUGACAUCAUCGUUACACAAGGUGCUAUACGUACCUCUAUACCCGUGUAUUGAACAUACAAAAAUAACACGCAUCUGGUUCCUAUAUAUUUAUGUACUUACGUUCUGUUGUACGUGACUACAACCGGGGGAAAUUAUAAGAUACUUCAUAGCUAAUUGUUCAGUAUGUUCAUGUGAUAGAUGCCGUUUUCCAAUCAUUUUAUCCAUUAAAAAUCAAAAAUAAAAGAUAACGGAUCUAUAAAAAGAAUCGGCGUAAAGCGUUGGAAUUUAAUUUACCAACAUAUCCAGUACCCAUACGUUUUUGCAGAAUAGAUAGGUACCGCCAAAGAACAAUUAUCCUAAUUAAAUGUGACAUUAAUUCAAAGUUUACAAUAAUUCGCAACAAAUAACUUUAUUUUUUUAUGCGUCUAAAAAUUUCACGCAAGUUGAACUAUACUCGUAUAUUGAGUUAAAAUGAAAAAAUCACGGGUAAAUCACUAUUGUAGAUGGGUGUACCUACUUCAUACAGUAGAAUAUUAUAUUACAGUGUAGUAAGAUUUAUAUACUGUAUGCAACGAUAAACCAUUGCAAACAUAAAAAUAAUUCGUAUAAGUAUUCGUAUCAUGUGUUUUCCUUGUUACAGUGGUAAUCCAGAAAUUAACAAAAAAAUGACCUAGGCUGAAAAUGUCAACAUAUGUUUCAAAUAAAGGACAUCGGGCGGAAAUUCCGCAUAUUUUGAAGUACUGCGUACAAAUAUUUCAAACAUAGUGUUAUAUUUUAAUAAUCGUUAUUACCCGCAGUAGAUAUCUAAAAAUAAAUAGUAGGUACCUAAUUACUUUUAGAUUAGGAGAGUAGCGAGGAAUCUUUUGGUUUUAUUGUGAUGAGUGGUUUUUUUUCCUAUCUAUAAAUAACUUUUCAAAAAGAAAUCUUGAUCCAAUUUAUAAUGUGUUGAACUUGAUUUUCCAUGGGGUUUUCAAAAUAAUUGGGAAAAACAGGAAAGAAAAUUGUAGGUAAAACGGCAAACAUUUACGACGCGCUGCGGCGUUACCGUUUUCAUUGUUUUUAAUUUUUACAAACUAAGUUUUCUUUCAGAAAUAUUGCUCCAAUCAAAAAAUAAUAAAAUAUUGAUUUUGUUCCUUUUAAUAUGUAUCCACUGACAUGGAAAGUAGUUUUCCAAAGUAUUUUAAUAUUUGGGGUAAACCAAAAAAGACAAAAAUACGAUUUAUUUUCAAAUUAUGGCGCAAUAAUUUCAUUAGCUAAUUAAAAUGUUUAAGAUUAUAUUUCCCUACCAGAAAUCUUAGUUCAAAUUUCAAGAAUAGCAUAUUUUCUAAAAAAAAAAAAAAUGUGAUCUUGUUUGUGAGUAAGGAAAUUGUUGUUUAAUUUUCUGUAAUGUUUUCUGAAUAAUCCGAAAAACCGGGAAAAAACGUAAUAAAUACGACAAAGUGUAUGAGUUUAUAUUUGGGUCUUUUGCUGUUAUUCGGUUAUAAAUUAUUAUAGAGACCUGUAAUUUUUACAAUAUACUUAUAUUGACUUUUUAUAGAUGUGGUAAAAUUUUUAAAACUUUCUAACUAUUUGAAAGCUAUUUAUAAAUAUUUGAAAUAUUCGUGUUUAACGUUUAUUUUCAAUUAUUAAAUAUCUGUUAUAAAAAACAGAGAAAUCAUUUUUUGAUUUUUCAAGGGGUAUCCAAAAUAAUUAAAGAAAACAGGAAACAAAAUUAUAGGUCUUACAAAACAUGUACAAUCAAACUUCGCUCCGAAUCGUUUUUCGUUAGUAAUGGUUUGUCGUUGCUUAUAGGUGUAAAUUAAAUAAUCUUAUAUAUCCUACCUUCUCGACUUCCCACCUACACCGGUGGCGCAUCUGAUACUGGGGUCACCUAGUAUUAUUUUUUUUUUUUAUUUUUAUUUUCAUUAAAAUUAUUAUACUAUAUAUGUUUAGUCAAUAAGUAAAAUAUGCGAUGUAUACUAUGCGAGAGUGGAGCGCGUACAAUUCUAUGGAAUGUCAAAACACUUCUUACUCACAAAAACAAUUUAGCCGAAAAAAAAUUAAAUCAAUAACAUUACAACGGUAACAACGCGAUUCUAUGACUCAUAUAGAACCCGAUGGCGCUACAUCCAAUUUACAUAGUCAUUUCGGUCAACGGCCAACCAUGACCUCCUCUCUUCGACCUCAUAAAACACGAUCUGGUCGUACGAAAUAUAACCGUCUCCCUCAACUUUACUUUCUUGUUUACUUCCGUGUUAUUUUCUUAUAUUCGUUUGUACAAAAUAUUCUAUCGAUAAACAAAUUUAUAUUCAGCUACGGUAGAUAUAGACCCUCAAUGUAUUUGAUAAUACUCAUAACAAUACAUUAUCUUCAUCCAUCAUUCUUUAAAAUAUCCACAUUACAAAAAUUAAAAGAAAGAAUUAUUUAAUUUUAUGUAUUUGUAUAAAUUAUUAAACAAUAAGCUAUAUUGUCUUCAAAUUCUAGAAAAAAAAUUAAUUUUAAUAUACUAGAAAAAAAAGAUUUAUUUUUAAUAAGUAAUGUUGAAAAUAUUUAUUCACGAUGCUCUCCAAAAACCUAACCUAACUUAUCGAUACCUUAAUGACCAUCGGUCAUAAUGCAAGACUUGAUUUAUUUUUUAUAAUCCGUGGGAUAAUAUCAAGAUCUCUUUAAAUGUAUAAUAAUAUGAAAGUUGUAUUAUAUGUUUGUUUUUAUACAUUAUGGAAUUAUUUGUCAUUAAUCUUUAUCGCUAUAUUAUUUUGUAUAGUUAAUUGAACUUUUUAUAUUUGUUUAUAAAUGUCUAUGGUUGCUAUUCAUAAUUAUUAUUAUUAUUGAUAGGUAUAAUAUUAUGAUUAUUAGUGUUAUUAUUAUUUACAAGGCCGUACCUGGAAAUUAAUUUCGGGGGUAGGGGGUAAGCUAAAAAUGUGUGUUGUUCUAAUUUAAUUAAAAUAUUUAAAAAGGUAAUUUAAUAUAACAUAAAAUUCAUAAUAUUGUAGUAGUAAUAUUUGUUUGAAAUUUACAUUUAAAAUUUUUUUAUUGCUAAAUUUUAAAAAAAUUAUUUAACUUAAUUCUACGUAUUUAACAAUGGUGAAAUCAGAAUUUGAGUGUACCGACUAAGUUUUGAAAUUAUAUCUUUUUGAAGUUCAGAUAUUACAUGUUAAUGUUGAAUAACUUUAUAUUUCCAUGACCUUGACCGUAUUCAGUCAUAAAUACGUAUUGUUAUACUAGUGAUUACGAGUUUAAACCCGGGGUUCGAAUUUUACACUUUUUCUUUACCUUUUACCUAAAUAGGGAAAAAACAAAUGCAUUUUAAGUAUAUCUAAAGACCUAGCUAUCGCUCGCUUGGACGAUUUUAAUCGAAAAAUACUCCUCGAUUUGUUGUGUAAUCCUUUUUACUGAAUGGAAAUUUUAUCUCUAUAGUUUUAGGGAGGUCAUUUUUGUGAUUUUUCAAUCUGUUUUUAUAACAAUUGUGAAAAACUGGUAUAAAAUGUCGGAAAAAUGGAAAGUGUACGAAAUGUAGGUAUUAAUAAAAAAAUAUUAUGACCUUUAUUUCUACGUACAACUUUUCUACCAUCAAUUUUGAUCUGAUUUACAAUCAUAUUUACUUUUUCUAAAAUUAAAUCUGACUGGGAAGAUACUUUAAGGAGGUCAUUUUUUGAUUUUUCCAAGAGUUUUCUUAGUAAAUGUGAUAACCCGGGAAAAGUAUGGGAAAACCGGGAAAAACUCAGGAAAGUCGAUGCAAUAUUAAACAAAUUGUAUUAAAGAAAAUAUAUAAUGCCUAUUCUACGCAGAAUCGUUUUUACGUUAGCAAUGGUUUACAGAUGGUUUACAGUUCGUUGCUUACAGAUGUACAUUAAAUUACCUAUAGGUAGCAUUAGUUGCACCUGUCUCCAUCAUCUUAGGACGUCUUGUUUUAUUAUUCCUAUGUACUCGCAUAUACUUUAGAAGCAUAACCGGUUUACAAUUCCGUUAUUUUGGAAAACAGUAUCAUAUUUACACACGGUAUAAAUGUUUACAAAUAUUUAAUCUAACUAAAUAACAAUUUAUAGCUGAAAUAGUUUUCAGAUCAUUGAGUCCCUUAAUAGAAUUACUUUUAUUAAUAAAGAAAAUGAAUCAUUAUAACAACAUUAUUAUUUUAUUUACAGGGAACAUUAUUGAUUAUAAUAUUACAACUAGUGACAAGUCAUUUACAAGUAUGAUGGGUCUGAUGAGCCGAAUCAUCGUCUUAGCGUGUGUGAUUUACCAAUCCACUUGUGGUACGUUAUUUUAAUAAUAUAAUUUAAAAUUUUUAAAUAAUUAAAUUUAUAAACCAAAGUUAAUAUUUUCGAAUUUAAUUUUACAGAUGUAAAUAGCAAAGAAACAUUUAGCUGUACACUAGAAGGUUUUCAUCCAGAUCCUUCGGAUUGCACGACUUUUUACAGAUGUGUAAAUUUCGGUGCUGGCACACCUUACACAAAGUUUAAGUUUCAGUGUUCUCCAGGAACUGUUUUUGACCCAGAAAAUUCUGUGUGUGUACAUCCAUCCUCUUCUAAUAGAGAAGAAUGUAGAAAUGUACAAUUGAAUAAUCCUGAACCAGAACCUAGCCCAGAGGAAUCUAAUUCAUGGAAUACACCAUCUACUGGCACUUCAAAUCAACAAAAUUCUAAUAAUGCAAAUGGCUUAGGUUAUGGUUCCGGCAUUCCAGAAUAUUCAAGUCAACCGUCUUCAAAUUAUGAUUAUGGACGCCCUCAAGUCGGUUACCAACCACAAGUAGAAUAUGGCCAAUCACAACAAUCACAAAAUUAUCAACCUCCCUCAUUUCCACCUCAACCAAACUCUCAACCGAAUUAUUAUAAUCCUCAACAACCCGAAUAUGUUCAAACCCCAUCUCAACCUAAUUACAAUCAGCCUGCACUACCUCAAACUGGUUACAUCCCAGUCUCACCAAAACCGACACAAAAACCUAAUUUAAAUCAACCUCCACAAUCUGGUUAUUCACCACAACCGGUACAACCGGCACAACAGUUUAAUUAUAAUCAACCUCCACAAUCCGGUUAUAUACCGCCUAUUCAGCAAUCUAGUUACAAUCAACCACAACAACCUAGUUACAAUCAACCACAACAACCUAGUUACAAUCAACCACCACAACCUAGUUAUAAUCAACCACCUCAACUCAGUUAUGUUCAAUCUUCACAAUCCAAUUAUAAUCAACCACAAUCUACUUAUGCACCUCCUGCUCAACCGGAAGAUGGAUAUAAUCAACAAUCAUCAACGGAAAAUCCUGACAAUGAAGUAGACAAUGAAGGAUCUGAUCAACUAGAAUAUACUAGUUCUAGUAGACCAAAUUGUCUGUCUGAAGGAUUCCAUCCAUAUGACGAAGGUUGUAGUAAAAAAUUCAUAAGAUGUGUUGACAAAGGUGAUGGAACAUUUAUUCAAUAUGAAUUCGAAUGUGGAGAAGGGACUUUAUGGGAUAGUAGUCAAAAUACAUGUAACCAUGCUAACCAAGUUAACUGUGGUACAACGACAUCAGCUACACCUUCCACAAUACAAUCGGAUUCUACUGUAGCACAACAAAUAACUACAUCCAAUCAAUGGUCUAGUUCAUCCGCUGCUAGUUCAUCUAUGGCAUCAAGCUCAAGUUCAAGUUCAAGCUCAAGUAGUUCUUCGAGUAAUCAGUUUUCAUCUGCGUCUACUAUUGCUGGUCAAUCAACUGGAAGUAAUAAUCAACAGACUUCAUUUCAAGGUUCUUCUUUAGCUAAUCAAAAUACUGCAACGACAGCUGCUAUGAACCAAGCUUCAAGUCAGGCUACAAGUUCUAAUUCAAAUCAACAAUUUGCGAGCUCUGGGUCUAGUCAAACUACAAUUUCUGGAUUAAAUCAACAAACAUCUAGUACUGGAUCUAACCAACAAACAAAUAGUGGUGGAUUUAAUCAACAAACAGCCAGUACUGGACUAAAUCAAGAAUUAACUAAUUCUGGUAUAAAUCAACAAACAACUAUCGCUGGAUCAAAUCAACAAACAACUAUCGCUGGAUCGAAUCAACAAACAACUAGUGCCGGAUCAAAUCAACAAACAACUAGUGCCGGAUCAAAUCAACAAACAACUAGUGCCGGAUCGAAUCAACAAACAACUAGUGCCGGAUCGAAUCAACAAACAACAAGUGCUGGAUUAAACCAAGAAAUAACCAGUGCUAGUUCUGGUCAGCAAACAAGUAGCACUGGUUCAAAUCAACAAACGAGUAGCAUUGGAUCAAACCAACAAACAGCAGGUACUGGAUCAAACCAACAAACAACUAGUGGUGGGUCCAAUCAACAAACCACGAGUACUGGAUCAAAUCAACAAACAACUAGUUCCGGAUUAAAUCAACAGGCAUCUAUUGGUAAUUCAAAUCAACAGACUUCUAGUACUGGAUUUAAUCAACAGACAACUAGUGCUGGUGCAAAUCAACAAACUGGUAUUGGGUCAAAUCAACAAACUACUAGUUCUGGAUCUAAUCAACAAUUCCACGCUGAAAAUAGACCAACUUUACCAAUGUCUUCGACAUUAAAACCAACUACACCUCUUUAUACAACAAAAAAACCAUCAGUUUCAACUACAUCAAAGCCGACAACCUUGAAACCAACUGCUGCACAAUCAAUUCCGAUAUCAACUUCUUCAAAACCAACACCUGCAAGGCCAACACCUCCAAAACCAACUACACAAAAACCUAUUACUACUUCCAUUCCACCAGCAACAAGUACUCAAAAAUACACUACAACUACUACACAACUAACUCAGACAUAUUCAACAUCUAAACAAACAACUCAAGGAACUUCAAAACCAACAUUAGUUACAACAACCAAUAAACCAAUCACUUCUAAACCAAUCACUUCUAAACCAACUACAAAGCCAACUUUGAUUGUGUCUACAAACAAACCAUUAACACAAUCAACUACAACAAUCAAACCAUUAAAUCAGCAACAUUGGAAUAAACCAUCAGCGCCAUAUCCUCCACCACCAUAUCCCUCCACUUCAUCAACUUCUCAAACACAAACACAGCCACCUUCUACUGCUGAUACUUGUACAGCAGAAGGAUUUUUCCCAGAUUCUAAAGACUGUACUAAGUUUUAUAGAUGUGUAGGAAACGGAAAUAAAUUUACCAAAUACAAUUUUAAUUGUGGUCCAGGAACAGUUUGGGACCAUGUUAAUAAUGUAUGUAAUCAUCCGUGGGCAGUUGAUAGAGAUUGUUCUAAACCUGCUUUAUCUGCUACACCUGGAUAUUUUUCAACAGAAUCAACUAUAUCUAGCAGUUCUGGAAGUUUAACAUCAAGUCAAACUAAUAAACCAGCAUCAUCUAUAAAGCCAUCCUAUCAGACAAAUGGUCAAACUAAUAAACCAACAAUAAUCACAACACCGUCUAACAGACCGUCCUAUCAGACAAGUGGUCAAACUAAUAAACCAACAAUAGUCACAGCACCAUCUAGUGGAUCGUCUUAUCAAACCAGUAGUACUCAAACCCAAACUUCAACUUCUAAUUUUGGUCAACAAACAUCUCCGACUCCAAUUCCAGUUCCAGUAUCUACUAUUGGUCAACAAACGUCUUCGAGUUCCAGCCAAGUGCCAACAUCUCAAACAUCUUCAAAUAAUUCAACCACACCUUGUUAUACUUCACCAAAACCACCAAGCAAAAUAGUGUGUAAUGCUAGUGGAUUUUUCCCUCAUCCAGAUGAUUGCAAAAAAUUCUAUAGGUGUGUUGAUUGGGAUGGUGAUAAAGGUGAACGAUUUUCUGUGUAUUACUUUGACUGUCCACAAGGGACUAUUUUCGAUCCUAGCUUAAAUGUAUGUAAUCACGAAGCUUCUGUAUAUCCUCCACGUGAUUGUCCUGAAUCAAGCUCCCUACAAAGUAGCUCUACUUAUGGAACAAGUACCCCAGGUUCUCAAAUUACAAUUACAGAAGUGACUACGGUUUCAGAAACAAAUCCUAUAGUAACAACUGAAGGCUCAAUUGAAACUACUGGACCAUCUGAAAUCGAAUCAACUACAUCUAAUCAACCAGAAACAAAUCCGCCAGGUACUGAUCAAACUACAACUAGUCCAACAGAGAUAACGACUAGUCAAACAGAAAUCAAUCCACCAACAACGAGUCAGACGGAAACAAAUCCACCAACGACUAGUCAGACAGAAACCAACCCACCAACAACGAGUCAGACGGAAACAAAUCCACCAACGACUAGUCAGACGGAAACCAACCCACCAACAACGAGUCAGACGGAAACAAAUCCACCAACGACUAGUCAGACGGAAACCAACCCACCAACUACAAGUCAAACGGAAACAAAUUCACCGACAAUAAGUCAAACAGAAACAAAUCCACCGACAUACAAUCCAACAGAAACAAAUACUCCGGUAAUGACGAAUCCAACGGAAACAAAUCCCACAAUAAGUCAGACAGAAACAACACAACCAGAAACUAAUCCUACUCAACCAUCAACAGAAACUUUCCCGGCCUCAACAAUUGCACCUGAAACUACAAAUGCCACAGACAAUAAAUGCCCCCCCUUAGAACCCGAUCAAAUAUCUUUAGUGUGCCCAACAGGUUUUAGAAGACAUCCACAAAAUUGUAACUUAUUUUAUCAAUGUACGAUAGCUGAUAAUAGUGAUAUAAAGAUUUUGGUUCUUGCUUGUUCAAAUGGUACAUACUAUGACCAAACAAGAAUUCAAUGUUUGCCGCCAGAUGAAGCUGAAUCAUGUCCAACAAACAUUGAUUUUCGGUUAGAACAAAUUGAGGGAAUGCUACCAGCUGUAAGUUAUUUAAAUUCAAUCAUUAAAUAAAUGAUAUAAUACCAUGUAUAUAUUAUUUAGAUCCAAGUUCAACCUUACCAACAAUUAUGCCCAUCAGAAGGAAUAUUUGCAUCUCCAAACGAUUGUCACACUUUUGUAAAUUGUGAUAGAAACUCUAAAGGAUUACUGAGUGGUAAUAGUUUUUUUUUAAAUAAAUAGUAAAAUAUUUAUUAUUAAUAAUUAUACUUUUUGUUUUAGGUAAAUUAUUCCAAUGUCCUGAAGGACAAACUUUUAUUGAAAAUUCAAAACAAUGUGAACAAAGUAAAACAAUUCCCAUGUGUAACAAACUUGGUCCCAAGUUAAACUGGCAGACAAGUCUUGCGCCAAUAUCAACUGGAAAAUUAAAUAAUUAAUAUAUAUUAUAAAAAAUCAUUUUUAGUUCAAUCUGAAUGUUUUAAACAAAGGAUUUUAAAUUUAGCUUAUAAGUACAUGAUGUUUUAAUUUAUAUUACUUACCUUAAUUUAAAAUGUGUAUUCUUUUUGAAAAAUGUUUCAAAGAUUUUCCUGAGCAACAAAAUAUAAUAUUGAUUUAUUGUGCUUAGAAAAUGAAAAUAUGGACAAACAAUUAAAUGAGUGGUUUUAAUAUUAUAUGUACGAAUUUUUAGAUAUUAGGAUUAUUAUUUAUUUUACAGUUAUGAAUAAUUGGUUGAAUAAUGUGUAAAGCAUGUGCGCUCAAUAUCAAAUAUAAUGUGCCAUACUAGAAAAGUAAUAUUUGUUAAAGUUGCAUAAAUUUUUGAAACAUUUUUUAAAAGUUACAAAUUAUUUUAUAAGUAAUAUUUUUUUUUUUUAAUCUUGCAUGUAAAUAUAAUGUACAUACAUAUUUUAUAUAAAAUUAAAAAUAUAUUAAUAAUUAGAACUGAUAAAUAAUUGUAUUUCUAUUAUGUAGAAGAUUAAAUUAAAUCAAUUUAGUUUGUUUAUGAAUUUAUCAUUCUAACUAGAUACCAAUAUUAUUCUAAAUUAUUAUUUCUUAUUUAUUUAAUAUCUAUUAUACUAAUUUUUUUUCCUUAUAUGUAAUGUGGGACGCAAUAUAAAUAACGAUAUGUUAUUUAUGUCACAAUACACAAACGCCUAAAAUCAGUUGACACCUUUUAUAUUAAAUAUUAAAAAUAUGUAUAAUAGGUAUUAUUUUAAAUCUAAUAUAAUAACAGCUGGUACCAUUAA